GUAAAGCGAACACAUUUAGAUGAGAGCUUACAUCUAUUUUCUGGCCGUGCUUUUCAAAGUGCACUACAGUUUUCACUUUGGUAGUUAGUAUCAUCAUUGAUCAAAAUCAUCAUUUCGUUUUCGGAGUGGUACGAAGAUUUUUCUUUUUUACAAAAGGAAAACAAGUGUAAUCGUAGAUGCCGGUGAACAGUGGUAGCAGCGGGAAUAUGGCAUGGAUGUCUUCAAAUCCGCUGAUACACAACACGUUUGCAUCGUUGGGAAAGCGACAUGGCGACACAUUUAACGUCAGCGAUGACUGCUUAAGCAUUUUAGAGGAAAUUCUUCGUAAACUGGCUGUUGAAGACCAAACUCUGCGCACAUUCAGACGUGCCAUCGGCUUCGGUCAAAAUAUCUCCAAGGAUCUAAUACCUUUGCUUAUUUAUGUAAAAGAUGAUACAAAAACAUGCGAUGCGUCAAAGAUCAUCGACACAACCAUUAAGAUACUAGUAAACUUGACUAUACCUGUCGAAUGUUUACUGUCGAUUGAUGCAGUCUCGCGAACGGAUGUUGGUCGACAUACCAUUUUUGAAUUAAAUCGUCUGCUGACCACCUCCAAAGAGGCGUUCACUGACAGCAGAAGCACAAAAGCUGUAAUGGAUCAUAUCAAACAUGUCGUAGAACAGGACGCCAUCUUGGAUGUACAGCAAUGUGACAGUAUAAACAAUUGCCUGUCGCUGUUGAGAAAUAUUUUGCAUAUUCCGGAUGACCGUGCUACAAUUUCUGAUUGUCCUUUGGCUCGCAGCAGCAUGCAAAAUGAAAUUAUUUGGAACUUAUUUACGCAAAGCAUUGAUAAAAUAAUUAUUCAUUUAAUGUCAUGUCCACAAAAAAUGUAUUGGGGAGUAACAAUGGUUCAACUAAUUGCUUUAAUGUACAAAGACCAACAUGUCGGUACAUUACAAAAAUUAUUAAACCUUUGGUUGGAAACAUCUCUGAGCGAGAGCAGCGAAGAUAAUGAAAGUAAUACUUCGCCACCUGAUCAAGGCAGUGGUGAUUCAUCUCCUAUUAUCACGUCUGACCCAACAUCAGAUUCCAGCGACAACGGCAGUGGAAAGUGCAACGAUCGCACCUAUGAACCAACCAACAUGUCAAAUAAUGACACCAUGCGUACUAAGAACAACUCUAUGGACGUAGUACGUGCUGCUCACAAUAGAAGCAAAACUCUUGCUGGUUUAAAACGCGUCAAGUCGACAGAAACAGAAAACAGUAGUAGCAGCGGUGUGUCGUCUAUGGGACAAACUGAUUCCACAAAUUCUUCUAUCUCUAAACCACCUCAAUCUCUACCUUCUCUGCAACAAGCCACACCUACUAUUGUACAAUCCAACAGUUUAUCUGUCACCAAUGAACAGAAAAAUGGCAAAAUCGUUGCUCCAUCUUCCCAGAGCGAAGUUUCAGAUUGCGGGUAUGUCACUCAAGUGGAAAACCAGGAAUCAAUAUCUACCUCGAGCAAUGAUGAUGAUCAACCACACCAGAAACCGGUACACCAAAAACCACACACCUUUCAGAAGACAAGAUACAAUAAUCAGAAAAAUCGUGCUGCCAUUGCUUUAGAAAAGAAGGAACUAAGAAGGAAGAAACUCGUAAAACGAAGCAAAACUAAUAUCAUUAAUAUGAAGGGAUUGAUUCAUCAUCAACCUACAGAUGAGGAUAUAUCUAAUAUAUUGAAAGAAUUCACAGUGGAUUUCCUCCUUAAAGGAUAUGGAAGCUUAGUGCACGAUUUGCAUACUCAGUUAUUGAGUAAUGUUCAAAUGCCCAUUGAUACCUCUCACUUCUUUUGGCUUAUCACUUAUUUUCUGAAAUUCGCUACACAACUUGAGCUAGAUUUGGAGCACGUCUCACCAGUCUUGUCGUACGAAAUCAUUUCCUACAUUAUAUUUCAAGGGGUUUGGAUAUAUGAGGAAUUGGAAAUCAGUUGCCUUCUCCCAAAUUGUGAUCUGAAGCCAUGUUUACGUCGUCUUCAUUUGGUGGUCACUGCCAUACGAGAGUUUCUACAAGCGGUAGAAACCUAUCACAAAUUAACACAUCUGUCCGAAGAAGAUCGUAUAGCACUCAAGCGCCUUGAGGAACAGAUUAUUCAGACGCAAGACCUCAAGCGUUUGUUCCUUCUUCUUUUGCGGCAGUACAAUCCUAGCCUACAGAGUCGGCAGUACCUGCAGGACCUGAUCGUUACAAACCACACGUACUUGUUGUUCUUGGACAAUACGUGCAAAGGCGACGAACGAUCCAACAGUAUAAUGGAACAUCUCAAACAGUUCGCGACAGUUGAGAUCAUGCGCCAAUAUGGGCUGCUCCUCGAAUAUUUCAAGGAGAACGGUGAGUUCGUCAACAAUUGCGUCUUUACGAUGAUGCAUCACAUUGGUGGCGACCUGGAGCACAUCUCCACCCUCUUUCAGCCGAGCAUACUAAAAACGUUCUCGAAGAUCUGGGAAACCGACUACGAAAUUUGCGAUGAUUGGUGUGAUCUUAUUGAAUAUGUUAUACAUAAGUUCAUCAAUACGCCGAGGACAAAUCACUGCCCGCCUAUAUCUACUUCACCGUUGGUUAUUGAAGAACAUCUUCACAAGAAAGGAGAAAUUACCCAAAGGAAAAUAGAAAAGAAAUGGACCGCAAUUGAAAACGAUGACCUCGAUGAGAACGCCGAACGCCGGGAUUCAUGCGCAGCUCGCAACAGUUUUGAAUGCAUCGGCAACAAACAGAAAACUCAUCAAGCUAUCAUAAAGGAAUUGUUGGAGCAAAACAUUAUCACGCCUGCACAGUAUGAGGAAUAUAUGACUCAUCCUCAAGAGAAUUUCUCUCCGGAUUGUACAUCCACACAAGAAGAUGGCGACGUGCGUGUGCUGAGAGAAUAUCUAUAUAGAGAAAAUCAAGGCACGCAGGUUCUUUUAUGGUUACAACAUAUUGCGAUAGAAGCCUGCUUCGUCAAACUAGUACUUAGCAAUGAAGCGAUAAAAAGCGAUUUUAUAUCAGAACCAUCCGUGUAUUACUAUGCAUUACUGCACUUGCCUAUACCAGUGAUUCCGUGGACAUUCGAUCAGAGUAAUAACCUCAAACAGCCGCCAUUCAUCCGGUUAUUGCACAAGCUUGGAUUUUAUUUACCUGUUGACACUGGAAAGAUAUUUGUACGAAUACCCGAUUUCUGGACGCCUGAUUACCUCUUCAGUAUUGCGCUACAACUGGGUCCCAUUGACACAAGUAAAUUGAAGUUCGAUGUUAGUUUGCUUGACGGACAAAAGAAGAAUGAGUCGAAAAUUGAUGCAAGCGAUGCCACCGUCAAUGGCGCCGAUAAUCGAAGGUUUUCGGUGUCGGAUUUGAAACAAACUCCAUCCAUGGUUCGAUAUUCUCCCCUUCCCAACAGUACGGAAUGGGUGCAACAAAUAUUGCAAACUAAAGUGUCACCUACAAUCGAUUCUUUGUUACAAAUACCAAGCACACAUGACAUUCCAAUGGCUUUGCCUGAAAUUGAAGCAUGCGGUUCCAGCUCAAAAACUGACCGUAAUAUCAUCGACAUGGACAUCCCACUCUGCGAGGAUGUGAAUGUUGAUGUUGACUAUAUAGAACAGCACAGUACAUGCGAAACUGCUUCCGUCGCGUCCGACUUAACGCGCAUGUGUGUCAGUGAUGAAGAGGAAAAGGGCUUCUUGCAAGACCCAAAGAGCAUUUAAAAUGCGAAAACGUACACUGCUUUAAUUCUAAGAUCGUUUAUAUUACCUACAAAGAUUUUUAAACUCAAGAGCGCAUUUUUAUUAUUGCAUGUUUUAGUGUGCAAGGUACUGAUACCAAUAUUUAUGUUCGGUGGUUUCAUACUUUUGCUACAGUUGAUUAAUGUGAAUUUAUUUGAACAAUUUCUCUAAAGCAAAAGUAUUAAAGUGUGAAACAUUAAGUUCAAUCUAAAUGUGAUUCAUUAGAAGUAAUAAAUUAUACUAAUAAAUUAUCAUCUAGAUUUA